GCUCCGUACCAUAAAAUCAUGAGCAGCCGUAAUAAAACAAUACUCUAAAGAAAGAAAGAAAGAAAGGACGUUUUGGUCCCAUAAAUUCUCUCUAGUUUCUCUCCUCCCGCAACACCUCCACAAUCAUCAUCACCAUCAGCUGAAAAAGAGAAGAAAGAGAGGAAUAAAUUACCGAGAGAUAGAAAUUAGCAAAAUGUUGCAGAAUCUCUAAAAAGGUAUGGGGUGUUCUGAAGAAAGAAGAAAAUAAUGGUGCAGUGCUUAGACGGGAUUAAGCAUUUGUGUGCUGUCGUGUUAAGGUGUUGUGACCUCGAGUUGUCUAAGCAACCGAUAGGGCUUGAAGAUCCAGAAAUUCUUGCAAGGGAAACUGUGUUUAGUGUUAGUGAAGUAGAAGCGUUGUAUGAGUUAUUCAAGAAAAUCAGCAGUGCUGUAAUUGAUGAUGGAUUGAUUAAUAAGGAAGAGUUCCAAUUGGCGUUAUUUAAGACUAAUAAAAAGGAGAGCUUAUUUGCAGAUCGGGUAUUCGACUUGUUCGACACAAAGCACAACGGGAUAUUAGGUUUCGAAGAGUUUGCACGUGCUCUUUCUGUCUUUCAUCCAAAUGCUCCAGUUGAAGAUAAGAUUGAGUUCUCUUUUCAACUAUAUGAUCUCAAGCAGCAAGGUUUUAUUGAGAGACAGGAGGUAAAGCAAAUGGUUGUAGCUACUCUUGCGGAAUCUGGAAUGAACCUUUCAGACGAUGUUAUAGAAAGUAUCAUUGACAAGACCUUUGAGGAAGCUGACACUAAACAUGAUGGGAAAAUAGACAAAGAAGAGUGGCGGAAUCUUGUAUUGCGGCAUCCGUCUCUGUUGAAGAAUAUGACCCUGCAGUAUCUAAAGGACAUCACAACAACAUUUCCGAGCUUCGUAUUUCACUCACAAGUUGAUGAUACAUAAGUUCUUCCAAUGACACCUGCAGAGUUCUGUUGUAUUGUUGGUUCCUCUCUAGAGAUUGUUGACCUGUGGAUUUAACAGGCCGGAAAGAAAACUUUGGGGUAAUUUCAGUGACGAAUGGUAGGAGGAUAGUUGUGGUGCUUAUGUUUCUUCUAUUUGUAACUUCUACAAAUUCCCCUUUUUUUGGUUUACACCUUGACUUGAUAACAAAUACCUGUGGUUGUGCUAAGAACAUAUUGAAAAAAAGAAAAGCGUGGCGAGACAACAAAAUUUUAAGAUAUAAUAUUUGUUUUCUUGAAA